GAGACUGUCGGAAGGAUCUUCGAUACCAUUCUCUACAAGGCAGAACUGAAAGCCCUCGCCGAGGCGGCUCAGGAAGGGCUGGUGGUGGACGUGCUCUUCACCGAUGCCAAGAGCGUGGACGACCAAGCCCUGGUGAGCAGCAUCUUGUACCAUCGCACUCGCCUGCUCUCCCCUAUGGGAGAGGAGGAGUUUGAUGCCACAACCUGGUUAUAUGGAGGCUGCCCAAAGGACGAUCUGGCCUCCUGCUUCCCUUAUUAUGUGCUCGAGCCCAAGAGUACCCAGCUCCAGCGCCUGGUAGACGGAGCCAAAGAAGCAGAAGCCCAGUAUGGCGGUGAUGCAUGGCGGGCUGCGCGCCCAAAAGCAAGCGUGGCCGACGGCCGGUGCCAACAGCAGCUGGAUGCACUGACGGCCUUGAUAGCCGAGACGUGCCAGGAGGAUCCCGGGCUGUAG